UCCAACAGUUCCUGUUGAACACCUGAGACCAAGUCCUCAAACUCACCUGAGUCCUCGUGGAGUGAUGGAGGAGAUUUCUGCCUCCGGAGGCUCCGGGUUCCGCAUCGACUCUCUGCUCUCCCUCAGGCCGCCGGGCGCGCUCCUCUCCCGGGCACACCCUCCGGAGCUCAGCCCGGGCGGCUGCUCGGCGCCUCCUUCCCCGAGGAGAGAGCCUGUUCUCCGUCUGCAGUGUGCGCUGCCGUCCGGUCACCAGCAGCAGCCCCGCAUCGUCGGCUCCUCGUUCCUCAUCCGGGACAUUUUAGCGGACUGCCGGCAUUACUCGGACCCUGGACUGGUCUACUCGGACCCGGGACAGCAGUCCGGACCGGAAGAAGACUUUCAGGAUAAAAGUGUGAGCGGCUCUGACAGUGAAACCAGAGUGGGCGGGCCCUCAGACCCGGCGAUGGAACGUCUGAAGAAACCUCGUAAAGCUCGGACUGCGUUCAGCGACCAGCAGCUGUCGAAGCUCGAGAGAAGCUUCCAGAAACAGAAGUACCUGAGUGUCCAGGACCGCAUGGAGCUCGCUGCUUCACUGCAGCUCAGCGACACCCAGGUCAAGACCUGGUACCAGAACAGGAGAACGAAGUGGAAGCGUCAGUCAGCUGUUGGUUUGGAGCUGCUGGCUGAAGCCGGCAGGAUGUUCCUGCCCACACACUUCCUGUAUCCUCGUGCCCCGCCCACACCGGACCUCUACCUGUACCGAGGCCCUGCCUCCCACCACCAGGUCCCGCCCCUGCUUCCUCGAGUCCUAACCCACAGCGGACCACACCCCCACUGACACCGGCACGCUGGUAGCACUGGUUUCUACAGAACGUUUGAUUAUUAAAGUGAUGAAAGAGACUUCUAUUGAUCCUCUUCAGCUGCAGGAUGUUCCUGACGACAUGGUCCUGGUCCUGGUCUCUGGUUCACGACUCGACACUGGCUAGAGGGACCAGUUCCUGGAACUAAACCUGGACCCUGGUCAGGAGUCAACUCCAGGUUGAGGUACUUUCAAGUACUGGAGGCAAUGACGUCGCUCAUGAUUGGUUGAGCAGGUGUGACAUCACAUCACGUUAAAAAGGACCACAGGUUGUUCAGAUGGAGGCUGGACCAGAAGAUAAACUAAACGUGGUUCUGUCCUUAAUGUCGGACUCAAAGUUCAAAUCUGAGAGACGAAGACGACUAGUUCAGUUUUUUAUAUUUACAAUAA